AUGGAACAAGAAGCCGUCGUUCUUGCCUUGAUCCGACAGUCAGCAUCGUCGAAAGUCGUAACAGUUCGUAAGCCAAGGAGGUGCUGCUCACCGGUUGUGGGACGUUUCCGUCAAACUCCUCUGAGAUCGGCGCCGGAGUUUACCAGAUUCCGAUCCAUCGUCUGCAUUAGCUCCCCACAGUCCAAAAAUCUUCCCAAAGGGGGGACACUUCAAAAGGUUCACCUCACACUUGCUAACUGCGUUAUUUCACCUAAUGCGUCUAACAAGUUGAUCCAAUCACUCCCAGUUGAGCAAGAGAAUGCAGAACUAGAAGCCCAAGUUCAAAGGAAGAGUUCUGGAACUGGGAGUAAAAAGGACAAACAUCUUGCUGAUACAACGAAAGUCGCAGUGUCUUUAUCCCCUCAAAGGCAUGCUGCUAAGCAGAAACACAUACGGCUGUUGCCACCCAACGAGGCCCUUGUGUUGGCAAAGAGAGAGAUCGAUCGUGCCCCUUCAGUUAAUGAAGAUCCUUAUCUUUAUGCUCCUAUUUUUAGGAACGUUUCUGUUUUCCAAAGAGAAUUGAAUAAAAAAGGAAAAGAUCCUUUAAAUAUAGAAAGCACAGAUUCAUCACAGAUUCUAAAGCCCGGUGACAAUGCUUUAACUUUAGAGAGCUAUGAAUUGAUGGAAAUGACUCUUAAAGUAUAUAUAUACCGUGAUGGAUCAAGGCCUAUUUUUCACAAACCAUUCCUUAAGGGAAUUUAUGCUUCUGAAGGGUGGUUUAUGAAGUUAAUGGAGGAAAAUAAGCAAUUUGUCACCAAGGAUCCUGAAAAGGCUCACUUAUUUUACCUUCCAUACAGUGCUCGCCAAUUGGAGUUGGCACUCUAUGUUCCUGGGUCACAUAACUUAAAACCAUUAUCAAACUUUCUUAGCGACUAUGUGAACAAGAUUGCUGCAAAGUAUCCCUUUUGGAAUCGCACACAUGGGUCAGACCAUUUCCUCGUUGCUUGCCACGACUGGGGUCCUUACACUGUGACUGGACAUGAGGAACUAACAAAAAACACCAUAAAAGCUCUAUGUAAUGCUGAUUUGUCAGAAGGAAUUUUUAUUUCAGGAAGAGAUGUUUCCCUACCAGAAACUACCAUUAGGGUACCAAGAAAACCUCUGAGAUAUCUUGGUGGGAAUAGAGCAUCACUACGUCCAAUCCUUGCUUUCUUUGCUGGAAACAUGCAUGGUAGAGUACGCCCUAUUCUCUUUGGGUAUUGGGGGGUUGGAAAAGAUGAAGACAUGAAAAUCUACAAGCGUUUACCUCUGAGAGUUUCCCAAAGGAUGACUUAUAUUCAGCACAUGAAAUCAAGUAAAUAUUGUGUAUGUCCAAUGGGCUUUGAAGUUAAUAGCCCUAGGAUCGUUGAAGCCAUAUAUUACGAGUGUGUUCCUGUUAUCAUUGCAGAUAAUUUUGUCCUUCCUCUUAAUGAAGUUCUGAACUGGAGUGCUUUUUCUGUUGUGGUGGCCGAGAAGGAUAUUCCCAGGUUGAAGGAAAUUUUAUUGUCCAUUCCUUUAGAAAAAUAUCUUACAAUGCAAAAGAAUGUGAAGAUGGUACAGAAACAUUUCCUUUGGAACCCAAGACCAAUAAGAUAUGAUCUGUUUCACAUGAUUUUGCAUUCAAUAUGGUUCAACAAGUUGAACCAGAUUCAAACUCCGCAAACAUAG